GAGUUUUCCCUCCAUUGUAGCAAACCAUCUUUGCCCCCCUUGCAACUUUUCUUCAAUCGUGUGCUGUUCCUUUUGAAAUGCGUCCACUGAUUGCACUAUUCUUGUUGUCCGUUCUGUGUCUUAUUCUGACAUCGGCGUACUUUGUGAUCUUCCCUUCUGAUGAUGAUGUACAUUUGUCUGGAAAGACUGGACUCGUCAACUAUGAUGGUGAUGUCAUUAGUGCCAAGAUGGGCAAUGCCACACAAAAAGCCGAAGUUGGCCGUUCCACGUGGAAGCUCCUUCACACGAUGGCCGCCCAAUAUCCUGAGAAUCCUACAACAGAAGAGCGUCAAGCAUUGCAUCAGUUUUUCUUGUUGCUGUCUCGAUUGUAUCCAUGUGGUGAAUGCGCCGCCCAUUUUCAGCUGUUACUUCAAAAAUAUCCACCACAAACUUCAUCACGAAUUGCCGCAUCACAGUGGGCAUGUGCUAUCCAUAACAAGGUGAACGAGAGGUUGGGAAAGGAGAUCUUUGAUUGCUCAGAUAUUCAGGACAAGUACGAUUGCGGAUGUGCAGAGGAUGGAGACACGACAACCGCCAAAACGGAGGAAUCAACAUAGUAGCAGUCGCUAGGCUAUAUACAUCGAGUCACGCUUCACCAGACAAUAUACCAGUUGGUAAUGAUGCCAUUAGUCCAAACGACCUUUGCAUGCAAUAACUUCUUUUUAAAUUUCUAUCACUAUAAAGUCUUAUUAACCAUUCUUUUAGCAUGGAUGACAUCUGUUUUUGUUAUGUUACUGGACUGUUCAAUUAUGUUUGUAAACCUUGCGAAAGAUCGUCGAAGAGACUGCUGAUACGGUGUAGCGUAUAAAUCCAUUUUAAAACUAAUAGAG